AUGCCGUUCAAAGCCAAACUCACACACAUGUUUCUCCAUCUCUAUCUCAACUCACACAUGUUUCUACCUACGCGCUUAUGAUAAACAUAAACAUAAGACACUCUCCUGGCUGCUAUGCUAUAUAGUAGUAUAUAUACUAUUGUUUAUUCACUUUGUUUCUUCAACUAAUUCUCACUGACUUUCCCACCUAACCACUUUGAAUAUCCGGCGGCAAGGUAGUUUUCCGACGACCCUUUUGGCCGGAGAUCAUGAGGGUGGUGAGCAUGAGCUCGGUGAGCUUGUUUGGCUUGUGGGCUGGCAGGAAUUUCGGCGGCGGUGGGGGAGAGGAGAUUGUGUUUGGAUCACUUAAGUGGUAUGUUUAUGCCGGAGUUUCGUGCAUUCUGGUGCUGUUUGCGGGGAUCAUGUCCGGGCUUACGUUGGGAUUGAUGUCGCUUGGAGUUGUGGAGCUGGAGAUUUUGCAGAGGAGUGGCAGUGAUAAGGAGAAGAGGCAAGCAGCUGCUAUAUUUCCGGUUGUCCAGAAGCAACAUCAGCUUCUUGUUACCUUGCUUUUGUGUAAUGCGGCAGCUAUGGAGGCUCUCCCAAUAUUCCUGGAUAGGAUUUUUCAUCCUGUUGUUGCCGUUGGGCUGUCAGUGACUUUUGUACUUAUUUUCGGAGAGAUUAUCCCGCAAGCCAUAUGCAGCAGAUACGGGCUUGCUGUCGGUGCCAAUCUCGUGUGGCUUGUUCGAUCUUUGAUGAUGCUCUGCUAUCCUAUUGCAUAUCCUAUAGGAAAGGUUCUUGAUGCUGCCUUGGGACAUAAUCAUGUUUUAUUCAGGCGUCCGCAACUGAAAGCUCUCGUCUCUAUUCAUGGCCAAGAGGCUGGUAAAGGCGGUGAACUCACGCAUGAUGAGACUACCAUCAUAAGUGGAGCACUUGAUUUAACAUUGAAGACUGCGGAGGAGGCUAUGACACCUAUUGAAUCCACAUUUUCACUAGAUGUCAAUUCCAAAUUAGAUUGGGAAGCAAUUGGAAAAAUCCUUGCGCGAGGUCAUAGCCGAAUACCCAUCUUCUCCGGGAACACGAAUAACAUUAUUGGACUUUUACUGGUCAAAAGUCUUUUAACAGUUCGAGCAGAAACUGAGACUCCCGUUAGUGCUGUUUCUAUCAGAAGAAUCCCUAGAGUACCGGCAAAUAUGCCCUUGUAUGAUAUUCUCAAUGAGUUUCAAAAGGGGAGCAGUCAUAUGGCAGCUGUUGUCAAAGCAAAGACCGGAAACACUGUGUCAGAUGCUGUUGAAGAGAAAGGUGUUGGAAAUAAAUAUCCUAAUGGAAAUCACCAGUUAACUGUCCCCCUGCUGUCAGAGAUCGAUGAAGAAUCAGAUAGUUUUGUGGUUGAAGUAGAUAAUUCUUCAAAUACUACGGUGCAUAAGCAAACUUUGAUCACAGAGGAUGGCGUAACAGUAACAGAUGUGGCGGAUAGUAUUGAAGACGGAGAAGUCAUUGGCAUAAUCACCCUGGAAGAUGUAUUUGAAGAGCUUUUGCAAGAGGAGAUCGUUGAUGAGACUGAUGUGUACAUUGAUGUGCAUAGAAGGAUACGUGUAGCUGCUGCAGCUGCUGCCUCAUCAAUCGCACGCGCGCCUUCAAAUCGGAAGUUGAUGCCAAAGGCCGGCCAGGGGAAGCAAGGCGAAACACAAAGCCCGCAUUCAAGACCAACAAGAAUCGCCAAGGAACCGAUGUCAGGAGCCAACAGAUGAUCACAUAGUCUAUAAACAUCACAAUUGUAAAGUUCUGUUAAGCCUUGUUUUUGUUUACUUCAUUUUACCAAAACUUGUAGUUCUACAAGAUUGUAAAUUUAAGUAUAAGUUCGUAGAUUUCAUUGAAGUGGACAAAUGUCCAUGCAAUUUUAGGUUCUGUUUUUGUCAGUUUAGGGUGUGAACUGUAAAGAACUAUUCUAUUAUGUAGUUCUUUGCAGAGAAGAACAACAAUGUUUACAAAGGGAGUUUUAGAAAGUUUGUGAUUUGCAUGAAGAUAUCAGUAGUUUUAAUCACACAAAGUUAUUGCAUAUAUGUUACAGACUUACAGUA